AUAUUGCCGUCCAGGAAAGCCAUUUUCCAUCCAGCAAGGAGGCUUCUUCCUUCCCAGCAGCCACUGAAAAGGGCCUUUGUUCUCAGGCUGAACACCUGGAGGGAGUUAUCAGCAGUGGCCUCUGGGGCCGGCGCGCGGAGCAGCUGUGACAAGACCCAGUGGCUUUGGCCUCAGGAGCGUCAGCAGCACCUGGCAGCUGCUGGCACCCAAAAAUCCUCCUGUCUGGGCCAUUGCAUGGCCAGCUUUGGGUGUUCCUCUCUUCUGUAGGGACCAGGGUCUGUAUUUUCUUUCUUUUCCCAUCCUAAUGAACAGGCUCACUCCACUUGGUCUCUGGAUAACCUCAACCAUCUGACACCUCUGUAGGGAAUGGAGAAUAGCCUUGGCAUUGUCUGGAGACACUGGUGGUGUGAGAGGUGAAAAGCCGGCACAGAGCACCAACAUCCUGGGCACAUGGUUUGACACUACACCUCAGUGAGUAAAAGGUGGAAUUGUUGCCUGGCAUGAGGGUAGGACAUUCAGCAGAGAGGGGGCCACCUGAUGUGACCAAGGGCCAGAUUGCACAGCAGAUGAUGUGACCCUGGGCACAGCUUUCUGCUCUCUCCACACAGUCAGCACCACUUCUGUCUGUGUCCAUGGAAAGACAGACCCACAACUGCUCAGAAACUCAAGAAAACCCAACUCAUUUGGCCCAUCAGGCAAUUCCCUGGAGUUAGAACACUGUGUAAACCAUCACUGCCAGAGACAUCAGCUUCAAAAUCAAAAAGUUUUCAUUCUCUCACUGGAUUUUACAGGAUCUGAAGAAAAAUUUGUGAGGAAAGAUAGAGUCAGAAAGCAGAGUUGUCAGUGGAUCUGCCAUGGGGUAACCUGGAGAGCUGUUGACCUGAACUCGUACUGGGUCUGUGAGGGGUUUUACCAAUGGCCUCAGUGGGAAUUGUAUCUGCAGCCUAGGAGUUUUGCAGGUCUACACCUACAGACCUUUCUCAUUGUGUUGAUUUUCCACUGAAGCCAGAUAGUCCAGAUCACAAAAAAUUACCCCCAAAACCCCAACAUAAUUCUUAUUUUCCUGAUAACCCAGAUAAAGUUUUGACUCCUACAAGGGAGUCAUACACAGGAGGAUUUUAACAAUGCCUCAUCAUAAGAUGCACAGCUCUGCAAAGUAUCUGUUCUGAAGCAGUUCUGCCAAAUACCAAGAGAAAAUUGCAUAACAUGAGAAGGAGCAAACCGCAGCUGAAGCUUCAUCAUCCACAGUGGCAGCUGACCGUGGACGUCACGAGUUCUUCCAUACCCAAUGGCAUAAUUUCCAUUUUCUUUGGACUGUAGUAGUGAAAGAAUAAACAUUUCAAAAGGUUCAAAUGAGACCUUUGAGUGCCAGCACUGAAUCCCUGUGAGGUUGGGAUAAACUGACAAAAUAACAUCCUGCAGAAGCUGUGCCUGGGACAAACCACCAUUCCUGUGUUCGUGUUCUGUGGUUUGUAGCACAGGGGCCACUUUAAACCUUGGUCUCUGUCCAGGGACCAGUCCCAGCUCUCCCAUGACUUUAUGUUUGCAUCUCUUUCUUCUUGAUGAAGGGAAGAUUUCCAGAUUCACAACGGGGCCCUGCAAAACCAUUGGAGUGUCUCGAGUCACAGCUCACAAGUAGCAUUCUGAAGCCAAGUGAUUCUUCCCGUAAACAAAAGUGGUUUGCAGGAGCUUGAUUCGGGAAGACAUGACGGCACUGGAUAUUUAUUAACAACGAAUGGCACGAGUCUACAAGUGGAAAGAAGUUCCCCACCUACAACCCUUCAACUCUGGAGAAAAUCUGUGACAUUGAGGAAGGAGAUAAGCCUGAUGUGGAUAACGCAGUGGAGGCAGCGAAGGCAGCGUUCCAGAGGGGCUCUCCAUGGAGACAGAUGGAUGCCCCAAGCAGAGGACGACUCCUGCACAAGCUGGCUGAUCUCCUGGAGAGGGACAGAGUCAUCCUGGCAACUCUGGAAACAAUGGACACAGGAAAACCUUUCCUGCAGGCUUAUUUCAUUGACCUGGAAGGCUGCAUCAAAACCCUGCGGUACUAUGCUGGAUGGGCUGAUAAAAUUCAGGGCAGAACUAUUCCAGUGGAUGAGAAUUUUGUCUGUUUCACCCGGCACGAGCCCAUGGGUGUCUGUGGAGCCAUAACCCCAUGGAACUUCCCCCUGCUGAUGCUGGUCUGGAAGAUGGCACCAGCCCUGUGCUGUGGGAACACCCUGGUGGUGAAGCCAGCUGAACAAACUCCGCUCACGGCGCUCUACAUUGGCUCUCUGAUCAAGGAGGUGGGUUUCCCUCCAGGUGUGGUGAACAUUGUGCCAGGCUAUGGCCCCACAGCUGGAGCUGCAAUUUCUACCCAUGACAGCAUUGAUAAAAUUGCUUUUACUGGAUCAACCAAGGUUGGCAAACUGAUCAAAGAAGCUGCUUCUAAGAGCAACCUCAAAAGGGUGACGCUGGAGCUGGGAGGGAAGAACCCCUGCAUUGUGUGUGCAGAUGCAGACUUGGACUUGGCAGUGGAAUGUGCCCACCAAGGCGUGUUCUUCAACCAGGGGCAGUGCUGCACGGCCGCCUCCCGCGUCUUCGUGGAGGAGCAGAUCUACCCCGAGUUCGUCAAGCGCAGCGUGGAGUUUGCCAAGAAAAGACUGGUUGGGGACCCCUUUGAUGCCAGAACUGAACAAGGGCCCCAGAUUGACCAAAAACAGUUUGAUAAAAUCCUGGAGCUGAUAGAAAGUGGGAAGAAAGAAGGAGCUAAGCUGGAGUGUGGAGGUCUUGCCAUCGAAGACAGAGGCCUGUUUAUAAAACCUACAGUGUUUUCAGAGGUCACUGACAACAUGAGAAUUGCCAAAGAAGAGAUUUUUGGGCCAGUUCAGCCAAUUAUGAAGUUCAAGAGUAUAGAAGAGGUGAUUAGAAGAGCCAACAGCACUGAGUACGGACUCACAGCUGCAGUGUUCACCAAGAACCUGGACAGAGCUUUAACCCUGGCUUCAGCUCUGCAGUCAGGAACAGUCUGGAUCAACUGUUACAAUGCCCUCUAUGCUCAGGCUCCUUUUGGUGGCUUUAAAAUGUCAGGCAAUGGCAGAGAACUUGGGGAGUAUGCUUUGGCAGAAUACACCGAGGUGAAAACAGUCACCAUCAAACUGUCCCAGAAGAGUCCAUGAGAGCAGGAGGCCUGCAAUGCUGACACUCUGAAUGUGACACCUGGGGGACGUGUUCAGAGCAAGGGGGAGGGGAGGGGUGGGAAGGAACAUGCAAACACCUGUCUUUAUUCCUCUAGAAACACUGAAUCUGCUGGGCUCCGUUUUGCCAACUGGCUCUUCAAAAACUGAUUCACUGACCCUACUGGCAGUACACACUUGUACUGCACAAGUCCCUGGCUGUACAUCUGCCUGCUCCCUGUGACUCAAAACUGGUCAGUCACAGUGUUGGCAGGACAUCUGCUUCCCAGCUGUACCCCUGAAGGACAUGGACAUCACUGGCAUGCUAGAGAGACUGCUGGUGCCAUCACAGGUACUGGCAAAAACCUUCAGAGGCACUUGGGUUUCCCUUGGCAGAGAUGGACUCGAGUGGUAAGGAAGGGUUAGAACAGCUUGACUGGAGUUGGUGGAGUUUGUGUGAAGAUUGCAGCUGGAGGUUGGAAUGGGAGUGCAAGCUUUCAUGGAAGGAUCUGUAAGGAAAUUCUCUUUGAAAGAGCUACCGUGGUUUCUCUAAAGAUAUGUGCAUUCUCCAUCCUGGUGAUAUUCUAGCCCUGAAUGAGAUUUGUGGGAGUUUCCUGGAGGACUCCUUUGGGGCCACUAUGUCACCCAACAGAGCCAGACUUUCAAGUGUCCUUGGAACCUGAUGUUUGGGUGUGCACACACUACACAUGCUGCAAAUGCAAGUUCCUGACUUGCUGACCCCUCUGGCUCCCAGUGAGUCACAGUUGUAUCUCAAACCUUCACUACAGCACUUUUCUCAAGAGGAUUUUGCACUGCACUUACCGUGGUGACACCGAGUUGGAUGCUGAGCAUGUAGCAUGGUAGAUACCCCACAGAAAACACCCCAUACCAGUCCUGAUCUGGGGGAGGGAGCAGAAGAGCUGCAGGAAACUGCCCUGCACCCUCUUUCUCUGCAACUUUCAGGCUUUUUGAACAUCUCUUUGCUUUUUGAGCCAGACCUGUUACUUUGAGAGUAAAACUUAGCUCUUCACGCUGCUUCUUUAUCCUGUAUGAAUGUAGCUUAAAAUACAUUCCUGGAAGUGCAGUGUGGAAAGGCAGGUGCUCCCAAGCACACCUUGAGUGCUGAAGAGAAGGGUGUACAAGCCAGUUACCAUGGAAUAAGCUGUGGCUGGACUUGAGUCUGUCAGCAGCUUCACAGCCAUUGUCCCUGUGAGUGCUGUCAUCCCAUGGCCAGCACAGAGUAGCUGAUCCUUCACUGAGAACACUGCCUUGGAUUGUCCCUUGGAGUGGCUGUCACAGCCAGCUCAUGCCUUAGCACCUCCUGCAGUAACUCCUUUGCAUGCCCAGACAUUAUUAUGAGAUUAAUUACCAUGAGAUGAAUGACAAGCCACAGGCUAUCUUCAGUUCCUGGCUCACUGCUUUCCCUCCUCCUGACUCUGCUGGAGAGUCCUGGCAAAGGCACAGCCUUGUCUGCAGGAGUUAGUGGUGACAGCUUGUUAGGAAGUUCAGCUGAUCCCUCUGGGAUUGUCCUCUGAGAACAAACCCACCUUAUGGCUUAUCAGCAGAUCCCCAGGGAGCACUGAUAAGGAUUGCUGCUCCCAUGUCAGAGCUUGAAGCAGAAAUGCAAGUCUAACCUCUCUUCUCUGCUGCAAGCCAGGAUUUAACCAGCACCUUCCUUUGCUCACAGAUAGGCUCAGACAGCAGCAAAUUCUGUUGCAUGAGUGGAGCUUUUUUUGGAGGAGGAAGGAAGGUGGGUGGUGAUAAGUAAGGAAAAAAGUUUGCAUGAGCCUAAACUUCCUUAUUAGUUGGUGAAUGUUGAAAUUGCACUUCAACAUCACUUCAGUUGUGAUGUGACAUACCUCCCACAGUGUAACCAGGAGCCUGUGCUCCCACGGGGUGUGAGGCAGGUAAAUCUCCCCAUCCAGUGAUGAAAAUGUCCUCCCUUCCCCAUGAAAGACCAAAUGGGAUCAUUGUAAAUAAUUUCUAUUUUUGUAAGACACAUAGGAGUGCAAACAUCUUCUCAGACAAACAUUUUACUCUUGCCCACCUGAGGGUUUCCUUGGGCUGCAGAGAGGUGAGGCAAACAGUAAAAGGCUGUUUAUCUUGAUGUGUCUCUGUAUUUUUGAUAAACAGUGGUGGAAACUGAAAUAAUCUGAAAUUCUUAAAACCCUACUCUUCUGGCUUUAUAUGUAUGAUAUAUAUUUCAUUUUUUUCCCCCUUAUCAAGUUUUUUAAAAGUCAAUGUAUCUCUUAUUGUAUAAAUCAGGGUUUGACUCUACACACUGAAUUUUGUAAGUUAUAUAACACUAGACACUAACUUUAAAAUAACCCCUUAGAGGGUAUAUAUAUUCCUCCAUUGCACAGUAAGGCUUUCAUAUGAAUACUAGUUGUUUUUUUAAAAGAAAAGAACUAUAUUUAUAAAUUAGGAUACAGUUAAUCUAAUGUAUUUUUAUAGCUAAAGGUACAUGAAAAUGUUAUGUUUAAACCUCAUGUAUAUAUUUAGACUAUGGAUAUCUUUUUUGU